AUGGAAACGAUGAAUGCGAAUAUUCCAUUGGAUAUUGCAUCACAAAAUGGUCACCAUUCUAUCGUUCAGACAUUACUUGAAAAUGGAGCAAAUGUCAAUCACUACACUUUAGAAAGGAAAUCUCCAUUGUUCCAUGCAACUGAGAAUGGUCAUUAUGAUAUAGUGAUGUUUCUAUUGCAAAAGAAAGCAGAACUGAAUUCCUGCACAAACAAAGGAAGAAAUCCAUUGAUGCAAGCUUCAUCUUGUGGAUAUGAAAAUAUAGUUCGCGAACUUCUGAGUCAUGGAGCUAAUGUAAAUGAAGCUGAUGUCGAGGGAAGUACAGCACUUUAUUUGGCCUCCGAAAAUGGCCACAUUGAUAUUGCAAAAGUGUUGUUGGCAAACAAAGCAGAUGCUAGUCUGUGCAAUGACGUUGGACUUACCCCACUGUAUAUUGCAUCUCGAUUUGGACAUCAUAUAAUUGUUCAAGAACUUUUGCAAAAGGAUACCAAAAUUUGUGGUACGUCCUCGAAAAACCCCCUACUAGCAGCGUCGUAUUUUGGACAUUACAAAACUGUUGACAUUCUUUUGCAAAACAGGGCAAAUGUUAACGUACAAAAUGACGACGGAGAUACUCCUUUGAUAACCGCGUCCAGAAAGGGAUGGUGUGAAAUCGUGAAAAUUCUUCUGAAGUUUGAAGCUGAUGUCAAUCUUUAUAAUGAAGAUGAUGAAAAUGCUUUACACUGCGCUUGUUUUAUGGGUCAUACAGACAUUGUUAAGAUAUUACUCGAUCAUGGUAUGGAUAUCGAUGGUCAUGACGAAUACACACCAUUGCAGCAAGCUUUAUUUGGGGAGCGUAUGACUACUGCUUUGUUUCUGUUAGAUCAUGUCGCAAAUGCGAACAUUGUCACCUAUGGUACAAGUGCUCUUUAUUUGGCAUGUGAUGCCGGAUUCAAGGAACUGAUGAAUAUUCUUUUGGAACUAAAUGCAGACGUCAAUCCAAAGAACCCUGAUAAUUCCCCUGCAGAUUCUCCUCUUUUGGCUGCCAUCAGAAAUGGAUCUUUUUACAUUACAAAAGAACUUUUACGUCAUGGGGCCAAUAUCAUAAAAACGAACAGACAUGGCGGCCAAAGUUUGUUAGCGAUGGCUGUUGAGAACCAAAAUCUUGGGAUAGUGAAGUUACUCAUUGAAUAUGGCGCUAAUGUCAACGAACAAGAUGAAUAUGGAACCACAGCUCUGCAUGCAAGCGUUUAUUAUACAGACACUCUAGAUUUCAUGACAAUAUUAUUGAACAACAAUGCCAAUACGAAUGUCAGGAACUAUAUUGGAACAACUCCAUUAAUGAUGGCACUGCACAAAAAUCCUGAGACGAAGGAACGAGUGCAGGCUCUCCUUACUCACGGAGCUGACAUUAAUGCCCGUGAUAACUUUGGGUGUUUACCACUACACUCUGCUUGUAAAUGGCCCGAUGAACAUGAUGUUAUUCCAUAUCUACUAAAUAAUGGCGCUGACAUAAAUGCUCAGGAUGAAAAUGGAGAAACUGCACUUUAUGUGACAUCCUUUUAUGGCUUUCUUGAGAAUGUGAAAACACUUGUUCGAUACGGAGCAGACAUUAACCUUCACACGAGCGUUGGUCUCAGUCCACUUGAUAUUUCCAUGCAAAACGGAUAUACAGAUAUCGAAAAAUUUCUCAAACAAAAUAUGAACGAAGAGAAGAAUAAAAGGGAAAAGAAAAUAUCUUCCAAAUUGGAAAACAACAGUGUUUCUGUUUCACAAAGAGAGGUUGUUUUGGUUAGACAGAAUGCUUUAGCGCCAGUUCUUGGAAGGAGAAACAACUCUAUGAAACUUCAGAAGACAUGGCAGCAAAGAAAUUUUUAG